AUGGAGAUCCAGAAUGGAGUUGAACUCUGUUUUCCACAAUUCCUCAAUAGUUCCUGUAGGAAACCAACACUUAACUGGUCCAAAAGGGUGCUUCUGAACACUGUGCUUUCAUUUAUCUCUCUGAUGACUGCUGUUCUCAACCUGCUUGUCAUCAUUUCAGUCUCCCACUUCAGGCAGCUCCACACACCCAGUAACAUCAUCCUCCUCUCUCUGGCUGUCUCGGACUUUCUCGUGGGUCUCCUGUUGAUGCCAGUUGAAAUUUAUAGGAACUCGACUUGCUGGGUACUUGGUGAUUCCAUGUGUUCUCUUUAUAGCUAUCUAAACUGUAAUAUUGUAACCGCUUCAAUAGGAAACAUAGUACUGAUAUCAGUUGACCGCUAUGUGGCUAUUUGUGACCCUCUGCGUUACCCCACCAGAAUCACUGCGGUGAGAACCAAACUCAGUGUCUGUCUUUGCUGGCUGUAUGCUGUUUUCUACAGCAGCUUCUAUACCAAGGAUGUACUGAUUGAACCAGGCAGGUAUAAUUCCUGCGAUGGAGAGUGUGUGUUUGUUGUCAGUGAAAUUGCAGGGAUUGUUGAUCUUGUUUUAUUCUUUAUUGUUCCAGUUACUGUCAUCAUAGUUCUGUAUAUGAGAGUGUUUGUGGUGGCUGUGUCUCAGGCUCGUGCCAUGCGCUCUCAUGUUACAGCUGUCACACUGCAGCGUUCACUGAAUCAAACAAACAGAUCUGAGUUGAAAGCAGCCAGGACUCUUGGGGUUCUUGUAGUUGUGUUUUUGGCAAGCUACUGUCCAUUUUACUGCUACUCACUGGUUAAUGAAAAUGUGGUCAAUGAUCCAUCUGCAUCUUUUGUGGUGAUGAUUUUUUAUUUUAACUCUUGUCUCAACCCACUGAUCUAUAGUUUGUUUUACCCCUGGUUUAGAAAUGCUGUUAAACUUAUCAUCACUUUGAGGAUAUUUAAGUGUGAGAGCAGUGAGACAAACAUACACCAGAGUCAAUAA